AUGGCAAGGCCCUACGUGGGGCCCGGGGACCGGGACCGUCCUGCCUGGGCAGGGCAGUGUCUGCUCGGGGAGUUGAAUGAUCUGGCACGUGAUCCUCCAGCACAGUGUUCACCAGGGCCUGUUGGUGAUGACAUGUUCCAUUGGCAAGCUACAAUAAUGGGACCAAAUGACAGUCCCUAUCAGGGUGGCGUAUUUUUCUUGACAAUUCACUUCCCAACAGAUUAUCCCUUCAAACCACCUAAGGUUGCAUUUACAACAAGAAUCUAUCAUCCAAAUAUUAACAGUAAUGGCAGCAUUUGUCUUGAUAUUCUACGGUCACAGUGGUCUCCAGCACUAACUAUUUCAAAAGUACUUUUGUCCAUCUGUUCUCUGUUGUGUGAUCCCAAUCCAGAUGAUCCUUUAGUGCCUGAGAUUGCACGGAUCUACAAAACAGAUAGAGAAAAGUACAACAGAAUAGCUCGGGAAUGGACUCAGAAGUAUGCGAUGUAAUUAAAGAAAUUAUUGGAUAACCUCUACAAAUAAAGAUAGGGGAACUCUGAAAGAGAAAGUCCUUUUGAUUUCCAUUUGACUGCUUUCUAUGAGCCCACGCCUCAUCUUCCCCUGUGCACAUGUUUACCUGAUACAGCAGUGCUGCGUGUUGUACAUACUUGGAACAACAAAAUAGAAAUACUGUAUUUCCCCGUACCAACAUUGACUCCUAGCAAAGAAGUGUGUGUGUGAAAAGCCAGUUCUUCAAUCAUAACUUUGUGAGCCUAAAAGUAUUCCUUGUUGAUUUAAAUUGGGUAAUUCAAUGUGAAGGGGAGAGUUCUGGUGGGUUUCCUAUAUUUCUAGGGACAGUUUUGCCUAUCCAUGAAGGAUUAAAAGUGGAAUCCUUUUAAACUCAUAACAGUUAUGAAAAGCAAGGUGAAGAACUUGAAGCUGUUUCUGUAUUCAUUUUAUUCCGAAGGACCUACACCUUAGGUAAAUGUUAUGACCAAUGAGAUAAACUGUACCCACAUCCUGUGUUUAAGGUCUAAGUUUAACUGGUCAACAUUUAAAUGGAUUGGAGCUAUUAGUGCAUCAAGUGAUGUUGAUUUGUUUCAACUCUCUCUCCCCUCCCUCAUACUUUUUUGGGUUUGUAUGUGGUUUCUCAGUUAAUACAUAGCUAAUAGCUCUUAUUUUUCUUAAGUUUUUUUUAACUGCUUAGGUCUUUCUGGAUGUAAGGGUAAAAAUUCAUUUGACAGAAAACUUGUGUAUAUUUAAAGACCCAACUGCUCCCCUGGAGCUUGUACGUUCAAGAAUGAUUAAUCUGUGUAAUAAACUGAUUACUACAGUCAUUACAUAUAACUUUGUGUGAAUAGGCUUUUAAUUUUAAGAGCAGUUUGUUACAGGCUAAAACUAAUGGUGGAUUUCCCUGAAACUUCUGCAUUCACAAAUGGUUGCAUUUGAAAAUCAUGAAGCAAUUUGGUUUGCAUUACACGAGGCUAUGCACCUGAACAAGACAGACAUAGGCUUAAAAAGUUACGUGAAAUCAAGAUGUAUAGCGUGCCAGGAACUUGACUGUUAAACCAAAUAAGCAGUUUACUAAGUGAGAAUCCGAGUGACAUUUUACAAAGCCUGAUGGUAUUAUUCCCACUUGCAUGGGACUUAACACAAUGCAUAUGUAGGUAAGUGAAACCUUAUGUAAUUAAAAUAAUGGAUGUAAAAGGGUUAAAAAUUACCAAACACAUCAGCACAAACUUUCAUAAAAUGUAGCUUUUACAUAAUUACUUUGCACUAAACAUUUGCAAAUGUUCAUACAGUUUUAAAUUGUACUUGUAUGUGUCUUUUUUGAACAAAAUCUUCACUUGAAUCUAGUGGAAAAUGUAGUUUGAAACUUUUCUUUGUAUACAAGUGUAUUUGCCAGCAUCAUUCAUGUGAAAUAGGUGAGUCUGCAAGUUUAUCUCCUCUUAAUAUAAUUGUAAACAAAGCCAUCAACUAUGAAGAAGAGGCUGUAGCCUCCAGCCACAGGGGUCUGUCCCAUCCAUUUUCAAAUGCGUCUUUACACUCUUGCACAAAUGAGGAAUAAAUGUCCACUGCUUUUGGUCUAAAUCUGUUCCACUUGUCUCAUCUCUCAAUGUCCUUGUGUAUACACUUCUGGAUAUAAAUGUUAGCAGUAUUUUUUGGAGUCUUCUGUACAGCAAGCUGUAGGUGAAACUUGGAUAUUGUGCGCAUCUUCAGCAGGUGUGAAGACAGCUGCCUUUGCCAUGUGACAGGCUUGCUGCCUGAGAACCGCUGUUUGGGGGUGAAGCAGUGUGUUCUGAUGAAGGUCUCUGAAACAGUGGUGCAGAGCUUCAAUUGAAAAGAAGUGGAGCACAUGGCCAUGUGCUUUGGCUGACUAACAGGGAUAGGGGUGUUGCAGAGCUCCUGGGGAAUGGGGAGAAACAUGAUGUGCAGAGGUAUGAACUGGCUAUUGAGUAGUCUUAAACUCAAUACUUAAAUACUCAAUACUUAAACUCAAUACCACAAGGUGUUAGUCUCUUCUGGUUUAGAAAGCAUUAAGUAGCCUUAGCCUACCACUGAAGUGUGGCUCUGGAUAGAAACUGCCUCAGACAUGAAAACUGCUUAUGCUACAGUGGCAAAAUUAGGAAGUAGGCGGGCUACUGGCUACAAGUUUGCCUGAACUCUUGGUCUUUUAACCUUUAACUGUGAUGUGGCCUUACUUCUUACUGAGCUGCUGUCUUAACAUGUAGGCUAGCACUCCUGCUGGACCCUUGGUGACGGGGGAAAGAACAUGCAUCAGCUACAGUGAAGUCAUCCAUCUAGGUUUCAGGGCAGGGGAAGGGUCAUGUUUUCUGUUUCUAAGAAAUACAAACCAGUUUGGAGUUGUAGCACACCUUGCAGUAAGCUAUUUCGAGUGGGCUCCCUUUACUGCUUUACGAGAGCAAUUGUUGGGACAGGUCUGUCUGAUGGCUGUAACUGCUGAGGACCAAAACGGAUCAAGAGGCCUGUACAGAAGAGUUGUAAGCUGGAGAGCAGCAGAAAGGAAUACUAGCAAGUGUAGCAUUGAGGAUUAUGGCUUCCCUUUCUGUGAUGGUGCGGAGGUAGCAUAUGCCAGCUGUCAGAAAGCAGUGCAACAGUACAUUAAUUGUGGCAGUCCAGUCUUGAAUGCUUGAAUAACUUCCACUUGGAUGCUGUAUUAACACACUUGUGUUGAAGUGAUUGUCAUUUUUGGAAUGAAAUGUUUAAACAGUUUGGACUUCUUUUGCUGGUGGCACCACAAAAGCCGUGGUUUGGUAAAAGGGAGCUUGGCAGUACUGCUCAAGGAGUUCUUGUGCUGCCCCUCAGGUGGGUUGGCCGUUUGUUGUUGAGGGUGGUACCGUGAACUAGAUAAGGGAGCUCUUCUUUUAAGAUUUAACCUAAAACGUGAUCUGUUUCAUAGCCGUUCUUAGGGCUGGGUGUCGCAAUGACUUGCUGUUCUGAAACCUUUGUAUUGUCCAGCUAUGUUAUAAAGUGUGAAACGGCACAAGAAGCCACAGACUCUGUUCACUGCCUUUCUAGGAACUCUGAAAUUGUCAUAUGAUUGAUUUUUUUCAGUCGUUUGUCCAAAUUUUUUUGACUUGAUAGUGUUUUAACAGUUAACUACUUCACUUUGCGUGGUUCUUUGUACUGAGACUUCUUUGGACAUAGGCUGUAAGUGCUUAUUCAGUUUCCUUUUUUCCUUUUGCUGUGUGCUAAGUUAGCUGAAGAAUAACUUUAUAAAGAACAGACUUUUUAGAUUCCUCUAACUCUGGCAUUGAUGUAAAGCUGGAACGCUUACAUGACUGGAUGCGUUAGAUACGUUCAUCAACAUCUAUCCAAUAAAACAGAAUAAACCGGAGGACAAAUGACUUCAAGUUCAGUGAGCCAUACAGCAUGUAAAUUCAUUGCCUGUAUCGAGCAUGCUGGGAUUGACAGUACAUCUACCCGGUUCUCAUGUGUAUUGUUUGUAACUUGAGUUUUCAGGGGCUGUUUAUGUAUGUCAUCUGUCAUACUUGUAUACAAAAUGACACGAUCCUCUAGCUUAACGCUGAAUGGCUGCUGUUCAAUAUGCAGGAAUUGCCCGUUAGCUUGAACAGGUAAUGUUGCCUUUGCAUGGAAUCCAGCCUCCUAGUUAUUAGGACGAAGCUGAUUCUAGACAGUACUGGAGGACUUGAGUACAGUACUUGAUGUAUCUAGCUUAUCCUUAGGUAGGAUGCGCUAAUGGCAUUUCUUAGUAGGAGCCUUUUGGCAAUACAAGAGUUAAUUUUUCGUUGAGAUUACUUUGCUAUACAGAUGCUUUAAAAUAAGCUGCAUGUCGGAGUGUCUACAGAUCUUUCUUUGCGGUCUGCACAUGUCAAAUGUUGUAGCAAAACACAGUGGAGCUAAGUUAGAUGCAAUUGUGUCCCUACUGUGUUCAGUAAAGCAAGUGGUAACCUGUCCCUUGCCACUUUAGGCCAAGUAGUAGCUUUUCUAGUUCUCAGAAGCUGCAGCUAGUGACAGAAAUGCCUGGUUGCUUUUUCUGACUUAGUCGUCAUUUGACUAUUCAUAGUAGCAAAACUGCUCUAGAGCUGUUCUCCUUGAUCUCCGUUCUGAUAAAUGGUAAAAGAUCAGAAGCCUUGAAGGAAGGAUGAUGGAAACGCUUUGCUGUGUUAAGGACUGCGUUCCUCAUGUGCCAAGGGCAGCUCUUGCUGCUGCAGAGAACAUGGCAGAGCACCUGGGCGUGUGGGAGGUGCAGUGGUCCUGCUCGAAGCAGUUACAACAUCAUCUUGCUCUAAAGAAUCAGAAUAGCAUGACAAAACAUCAUCACUGAAUGUACUCAGCAGCACUUCUGCUGUAGCUUGAAGAGCCCUUUGGCUUUGGCUCUGGGCAGGCUUGCUUGCCCAGGCAAAGCUUGGAAACAUUCUCCUGCAAGAAUGAAAUCCCCUAGAGAUACUGGAGUAGAGGAAAGGCUGUCCUCUGUCACAACCACUCCUUAAGUACCCUUGGAGCAAUCUUUGCUCUUGUUCCUUCAGCACUAGGGAAGUCUGCCUCUCUGACUCCCCCUUACAGCUGGAAAACAUUCAGUACCCUCUUCCCCUUAAGCUCUUAUUUUCUUCCAUUCUUUGGCUCCUCUGUAUAGGCUCAACUCUAUAGCAAGUCCAUGACCAAAGUGGCAAGUGUUAGUUGUUUGGGGUUUGGGAGAAGCUGUUUACUACGGGGAAUACACAGGGACAAGAAAUGCUUUGAAGGGAGCCCAAUGGAGGAUUAAAAGCAGGAAAAACCUGCUGUCCAGCAUUCUGGAUCUAUGAAGACUAACCGCUGCAUGUAUAACAGCAAUCAGAGGUAUUAGGAGAAAUUCCUACGGCUACCAUCUUGCUGCCCCUACCUUACCCUCUUCUGGAAAGUGUGUGUGAAUAGAUCUAUUCUGACAUUAUCUACCUGUACUGUUGUAAUGUGUUGGAAUUUGAUCACCAUUAAAUAAUUCUGUUAAACUUA